AUGUUUAUUCGAUAUGUUUAUUAUACUUUAAUAUUAACUGUAAUUAAACAAAUCUUAACUUGUCCUAUUCCAUUUAAUAUUCAAUCAAAAUGUCGAUGUGCAAUAACUGAAACAGGUCGUGUUUAUAUAUAUUGUGCCAGAAAACAAUUAAUUGAUAUACCACAUUUUGAUAAUAGCAAUAUUAUAUUUGAUGAACUUGUUUUAUCCGGUAAUAAAAUAUCUAAUGUAAAUAAAAAUGCAUUUAAUGGUUUAAAAUUACGUAAACUUGAAUUACAAUCUAAUCCAAUAAAUCAAAUUGAAACUCAUGCAUUUAUUGAUUUAGCUAAUUAUUUAGAAGAAUUUAUUCUGUCAACAACACUUCGUACAUCACAAUUAACGUCAAAAACAUUUGCACAAAUUCUUGUUGAAUUACCAAAUCUAAAACGUUUAUCAUUACGUUUAUUUGAUUUAUCAAAUUUAGUCAAUAUUUCAAAUAAUAAUAAUAGUUUAAUAUUAAGAAAAUUAACACAAUUAUCUUUACUGUCAUGUUCAAUUACACAAAUGGAUGAUAUAGAAAUUUUUAUUAAUUUAUUUCCUAAUUUAGAACGAUUAGAUUUAUCAGAAAAUCGUUUGGAAUCUUUCAAUAUUCCGCUAAUAUCAUCAUUAAAAAAAUUAAAAAUUUUAAUAUUAAGUAAAAAUAAAAUUCGUCAUUUAAAUAUUCGUUCAUCAUUAUCAUCAACUAUUCUUACACCAUCAAAUUCCUUAACAGAACUUGAUUUAUCUUACAAUGGUAUUGAAACAAUUGAUGAAAAUAUAUUUGAAUUAAUUUCAUCUCAACUUGAAAUAUUAAAUUUACGAAAUAAUGAAUUAUUAACGGAAAAACAAUUAACAUUUUUAAUACAUUUAAAUCAAUUACGUGAAUUCUAUUUAGAUUAUAAUCGACUUGAAUCAAUUGAUCAUUUAAAUUUUCCAUUAAAUUUAAAAAUUUUAUCAUUAAAAAAUAAUCGUUUAAAUCAACUUGAUCUAUCCGUAUUAACUCGACUUGAAUAUUUAGAGAAAUUAUUUUUAUCAUCAAAUAAAUUAACAAAAUUAUCUUCGAAAAUAAAAAAUACAUUUUUAUCAUUGGAAAUUCUUGAAUUAGAUCGAAAUUAUUUAUCGUUUUUAAUACCAUUAAAUGCUCCGAAAUUAAAACAAUUAAAUUUAGAUGGAAAUUAUCUUGGUACAAAAAUAGAUAAGAAAAUCUUUUCAAAUUUAGUAUCACUCGAAAGACUUCAUUUACGUGAUAAUCAAAUUGAAUUCAUUGAUUAUAAUACAUUUCAAAAUACACGUUUACAAUCACUUGAUUUAAGAAAUAAUAGUUUAAAAACAUUUCCACUUUUAAUAAAACUUAAUGAAACAUUACAAAUCUUAUCUCUUCGACGUAAUCAAUUAUGUACAAUUGAGAAACAUUCAUUAAAUUUCUAUCAUAAUCUUCUUACACUUGAACUUGAUCAAAAUCCAUUACAUUGUGAUUGUCGAAUGGAGCGAAAUUUUAAACAAAUUAAACUAACUGGUCAAUGUGAAUCCCCACCAGAACGACGAAAUGUUAAUUUAAAUGAAUUACCCAAUGAACAAUUUACAUGUAGUAUAAUGACGACAUCACAAUGUAAUUAUUUAACUAAAACAAUUAUUGAUAGUGAAAAAGAUACAACAACAGCAACCACAACUACUACAGCGAAAACUACUUCAAUGGAUAUAGUUGAAAAACUUGCGAAUGAUAUUGAUCGACGGCAAGAAUCAUUUCAAAACACAACUACUGAUACAUUUCCAUUAGAACUUAUACGAAUAUCGGAUUUAAUAAUAACACCAAAUGUUAAUAAAACUCAAUUAAUUAUUCAAUGGCAAUUAUUUCCUUCGAUAGUCGAUGAAAAUCCUAAUAUUGAAUAUCGUCGAAAAUAUUUAAAACACCAUAAUAUAAAUGGAUUUAAAAUAAGUACAAAUUCUCCAGUAUAUAAAUUGAGUGAAUUACUUGAUAUUUUACAACGAAAUUAUACAAUAGAUUAUAUUCAACAAGGUGAAAUAUGUUUAUAUCUUCUUCGAAAAAUAGAUUAUGAAAAAGUUUGCAAACAAUUAUAUAUAACAUCAACACAAACAUUAAAAUCAUCACUUAUUAUUGAUCCAGAUCAAGAACAACUACCACAAUCACAAUCACAAUCACAACAACAAUCAUGGCUUAUGAAUGAACCAACAAAAAGUAUUAUUAUUGGAUCAAUAUUUGGUAUUCUAUUCGUACUUAUUCUUUUAACAUGUAUUAUUUUAAUUAUAUCACGUUGUCCAUAUUUAUUAUUUUGUCAUUUACAUUCAUCAAAAUAUCAUCAAAGUAAUGAUUCAAAAAGUGAAUCACUUCUUGUUCGUCCAACACCAACGAAUACAAUUCCAUGGUCAAAUCAAUCACAACAACAUUUUUAUCCUCCUCCACCACCUCCUCCUCUUCUUCAUCAUCAUCAUCAAUUAAGACCUAUUAGUUAUCAAGCGAGUCUAUCAACUCAAUGUACAUGUCCAACACAUUAUCAUAGUAGUGGUACAUCAUCAACCGAUUCAGGUUCAGCUUGUAUUAAUGGACAAAAUUAUCAUAUUUAUCAAGAAAUAUUACAUGAUGAUUAUAAUGUACAAAAUAAUCAUCGAACCUAUCGUCCUUUAAAAACUGAUAGCAAUUCACCACCAACAUCAGUAUCUACAAAUACAACAAUGAAUUCUGAACAGUGUCAAUUUUGUUCGCUUAGUGUACUUGUGUGA